UGAUGCUUCUCUUGAGGAAUCUGUAGGUAGAAAAAUGUCUAUUGCCUAAGUAAUCUGGCUAUUGAGUUAUUAACCCGCUCUUACCUGUUGGUCUUCUCGACUGGCUAAUCGGGAUCUUUCUCAAUUUUGCUUUUUACCAUAUUUUAAUGGUUCUUUACAAUGUUGUAAGUUUGUGAAUACGUACGCAGUUGUUAAAAGAAAUGUACACACAGGCAUAUAUGUAUAAAGAAUUGAAUCAUUGCGCGACAGCGUUGGUGGAAACUAUCACCUUCAUUUUCGAAUUUGUGGUUGGCAAUUAAAUUUGCCUCUGAGAAUACUAAGCAAGUUCAAGAAACGUGUUUUUAAGCCUUGAUUAGUAAGUGAAGUGAUUGAGUCAAGUAACCUUUAAAACAACAGAAAACCAGCCCGCAUAAUUUAAUGUUGGUGAUUUCAACAUUUUCGAUAAAAUACCUGGACACAAUAUAGCAAAAUAAAGAAGCCAAAUUGUAUGCUUUUAAAGUUGGUGCCAAAAUUGUAUAAUAAACUCCAUUAAACAUGUCUUGGGUACCAUCAACUGAUUUUGAGGAGGAAAUUGUUGAUUCCCAACCGGAUCAUAAUUUUAUUUUUGGUCAACUGUGUGAACCAUCACAACAAAUUUUUUAUCCACGUCCCAAAGAACAUUUAGAUUUUGUAGCGCAACAGAAAUCUGUGAAAAACAAACGUGAAAACACUUUGACAAACUCUCAAAAUCAUAAAUUGAAUCUUAUUGCAAGAGUGCAGCGUAUUGCUGGUACUAAACCAUUGGGGGAACAACCGACCGUCAAUGAUUGGAAUGACAAUGACAAUGUAGAACGAGAAGCGAUCGCUUUGAUGAGACAUGUUGGUCUCGGCCCUAGUUUAGAACAACCAUUAGACGAAGAACGCACCAUUGCCACACAUCCCAUAAGCGAGGAGAUUAAAAUAAAUAGAAACGGUCGCAAAAAAUUGCCAGUAUUUUUUGAUGGAAAAUUUUUUGAAUUGAAACCGCGUGUUUCCCGAUCAUCGUCAUCUUCUGGAAACAAUAGUCCUGUAAUUGAAGAUGCUACGACUAACCUUAAUGAUUCCUGCGCAUCACUGAAGAGCAGUAGCAUUGCCACAUCAUUAGAGUAUGAUCGAUCUUCUGAUACUCCUAAUAGUGGAUUUGAGAGUGCGAUAGAUAUUGUUGAUGAUGAAGAGAGUUUUGAGACUGCACGAGGCAGUGAUAAUGGAUACAGACCACAAAAUUGGAGAGGGGAUCAAUUAAAAAAAAAUACACAAAAUUGGCGCAGCAAUGACACACUUAUUAAGAGUCAAUCAUGGAGGAGUACAAAAACAACAUAUGCAAAUAGAAAUGAAACUCAUAAAGAAAGCCAAAAUAAUGUAUCUAAUUGGCGUUCUCCAACUGAUAAACCGAGUAGUAAAGAGAAGAAAAUUCAGAAGAAUACACCUUUAUUAUGUUCACCAAAAGAAUUGUACCAAAAGAAACGUCAAACGAGUUAAACACCGCUGAAAAGACAAGUCCCAAUGUGGCUAUAGUUUUACAAGUUGUGAAAAAUUAAAAUCAAAAAUUAGUAGUACUUGAAAUUUGUAUAGUAAAAAUUAGUUAAAGAAAUAUCUUGGUGUGAAUGUCUGUAAUAUUAUAAAAUCGUUACUGCCAAAUGUCAUAUAAGUCAUUUGUAAGAAACUUACUACUGCUAACGGAUUAAAUCAGGGUUAGAUCACUGAAAGGACAAUCCCGGUUCCUUCAUUAUAUAAAGAAUUAACUUCUAGAAAAGUGAAAUUAAUACACAAACAAAAAAAACUUAAAUAUUUAACUUUUUGAGUAAGAAAGAAACUACAUAUAUACAGUUAAUUGCAGAGUUUGCAUUCUAAUUGCAUGGAUUCUUUUAUAAUAAACAGUUAUGUUCCAAAUCAUUAGUUUCCAAAAGGAUUAACUGAUGUAUAAAAGAUUUUUAUGAGAUGUUUUUUCAUGAAAAAAAACUGCUUCUUUGUCGAAAAUUGUAAAUUUUUAAAAUAUUUUCAAUUUGCUAAUAAUACGCAAUUUGUUUGUGUUUGAUGCAAAAAAUGUAUUCAAUAAGUAGUACCAUAAACUCGAUAAAUGAAUUUUUCAUCUACUCUGAGAUCAAUAUCUGAAGAUAAUCCUAAAUACGAUAAUAGUUGGUUUGGCUAAUAUAACAGCAACUAUACACCGGUAUCCAUACAUAAUUGGGGCAUAACACUAUUUUGAGACAUAUCUUACGGUAUUUAGUACUACUUAUGUAUUGCAAAACUGCUUACGCAUAUCAUCGUUUGCAACAUACACCUAUAAUAUAUGCAAUUGUAAAAGUAAAGCAAAUAUUUGAAGAUAUAUUAUAUAUUCAGUAUUGCGGAAUAAUAUAUGGAACAUUUCGUUAGUAAUAGUUAGGGUUGUAAAUAAUGCACUAAAAAUAAUUUAAUUAACAUUAAAAUUGAAUUUUUUUACCGAAUUCGAAAUUAAAAAAAAAUUUUGUUUAAUCUCACAUACCGGAUUUAAAACUAACGGGAUUAAAAAUUUAUUUUUAUUAAACAAAAAAAAUUUUAUCUCAAGCAUAUAAUUAAGAAUUAAAAAAAUGAAUUUCUUUUACACUUAACGUUUUCGCGUUCAUUCAAAUCAAAAUAUAAUAUUUUCAAUUUUUAAUCCCAAACAUCGGCAUUAAAAAAUGAAAAUUUAAUGUUUAAUCGCACCAUCGGAAUUAAUAAAAAAUUGAAAAUAUAAUUUUUAAUCCUAACAUCAGGAUUAAAAUAUAAAAUUUUAAUAUUUAUUCCGAAAUUCGCAACCCUGGUAAUGUUGGUAAUGGUUGUGUACCGUUAAAAAGUCUGUUAAUCAGGGGUGUUGUGGAAUCCAAGCCAGAUUUGCAUAGUUGUCAGCAUUACAGACAAAUUCUGAUUUUCAAUGGUGUCACAGAAUCUGAUAGGAUUUUCGUCUUUUCGAACAUAUG